CUUCAUUCGGUUUAUUAUACUCAUCACUGUUGGAUUUUAUGGCAUGCCCUUUUAAUGCGGUUAGAGCGCACAAUGGUCCCCUUAGCAAACCCCAUCUACAAAAUCAAAACACUAUUUUCUCUAUAAUGUCAACAUUCAUUCAAUCCUAUAUACAGCUCAGCACCUUCUCUAACCCCCUAAAACUCAUCAGCCAUGGAAGAGUUCCAUGUGAAACAAACUCUCAGGAGCUUCAUGGAUGAAGAAAGAAAGAACAUAAACUUACCCAGAAGACUCUCCUUAGGUAAUCACAAAUCUGAUUCUCGCUACACUCCAGCAAGAACAUCUUCUGCAUCCGCAACAUCAUUUCCACUAUGGCCAAUGAGCCCUGACACACCAUGGACUCUAUCCCCCGUGCGAACAUCUCCUACUGUCCCUCUUCUUUACCAUUGCUUAGUCUCACUUCAUCGCCACGAAGGUAACAUCUUCUCCAUCACGGUCUCAAAAGAUUUUAUCUUCACUGGCUCCAAAAGUAGUAGAAUCCAUGCAUGGAAGAAACCGGAUUGCACUGAAAUGGGUUAUAUCAAGGCUAAAUCUGGUGAAAUCCGAACCAUCUUGGCUUAUGAAAGAGUGCUCUUUACUACACAUGGUGACCGGAAAAUACGUGUGUGGGAUGUGUCUUUGACAGAGAAUUUCCGACCAAAGAAGAUCACAACCCUACCAAGAAGAAGUUCAUUCUUGUUGUAUCCAAGGAAGAAUGAUUAUCAACACAAGGACUACAUCUCCUGCAUAGCUUACAACAAUACAGACAAGCUAUUAUAUACGGGUUCAUGGGACAAAACAGUGAAAGCUUGGAAAGUUUCAAAAAAGGAAUGCAUCGAUUCAUUUGUGGCUCAUGAAGGUCUUGUUAAUGCAAUUGAAAUCAACCAAGAAGAUGGGUGUGUAUUUACGUGCUCCUCUGAUGGCACAGUGAAAAUAUGGAGAAGGGUUUUCGCAGAAAGCUCACAUAUUCUCACUAUGACACUGAAGUUCCAACUCUCACCAGUUAACGCCUUGGCACUGAGCUCUUCCCUAAGUGGUUGUUUUCUGUACUCAGGGUCCUCAGAUGGGCUUAUAAACUUCUGGGAGAAGGAGAAAAUGUCUGGUAGAUUCAACCAUGGUGGAUUUUUACAAGGUCAUCAUUUCUCUGUUCUUUGCUUAGUAGCCAUAGGGGACUUAGUCCUAAGUGGUUCCGAGGAUGCGACUAUAAGGGUAUGGAGGAGAGAGGAAGGGAACACAUUUCAUUCAUGUCUUGCAGUCAUGGAUGGCCAUCAUGGACCAGUGAGGUGCUUAGCAGUUUCUCUAGAAAUGGAGGAUACUGUAAUGGGGUUGCUAGUAUAUAGUGCAAGCUUGGAUCAAACCUUCAAGGUAUGGAGAGUUAAAGUUUAUCCUACAGAGAAGGCGAACCAGGAAAACUCAGUGGCAAAUAGUCAACAGUCGGAGAUUGUGGAGUGUCCAAUGAGUCCAGUAUUAUCGCCUUCCUGGGUAGAGAAGAAGUUGCAAGGCAGCUACUUUUAGGAGUAAAAGAUUAAUAAAAGAAGACUUGAAUUUAUGUUAGCUUUCAUUUGACAUAUGUAUGCCAGUGUUGUUAGGUUGACUUUAAAUGUUACAAUAUUAUGCAUAGAAGUGGAUGACUACGUUUUCAUCUAUACCAACUAAUAGCUUCAAUAUGAAUGCUUUUGUUUCUUUUCUUUUCUUUUUUUAAUUUUUUUUUAGAGAGAAUUGACAAGAGACUAGAUUUUUAGAAUAAAAGAUGAGGAAGAACAGGGAAAAAACUCUCAACAGAUUUUGCGUUGCUCCACAGUUCACCUAAGAAAGUGUCACAACUGUGAUCAAGAAGUAGAAUGAACUAGGAGUUGCAAACUUUAGUAACUGAAACUUGGAAGCCUUCAAAUGCUACCAUCAGCUCACCUCUCAACUUCACACGGAAUACAAAGGGCAAUAGAGCGAAUUAUGAGCUGUUUUCUGUUAUCCCAAGUUCCCAACAAGAGAUUAGGAAAAAGACCUCACCAGGGGCUCAGAGGAAUGAAGCCAAGGAAAGAUAUACAUAUGCGCAGCUUAAGCUGGAGAUCAAUCAUAAGAGAAAGACCAGCUCUCCCGUACAAGAUGCUGGAAAUUUGUGUUAAUGUAUAUAAUAAGAUAGUUGCAUGUAUAUAAUAUGAUAGUGGUGUUGAUGGUAGAUAGUGGCAUGUAUAGAAUAUGAUAG